AUGUCGAACACUGUCCACGUCAAGGGCAUUAGCUCCCAGACCAGCGAGAAGGAAGUCCGCGACUUCUUCAGCUUCUGUGGCAAGAUCCAGUCUCUCUCCGUCAAGCCAGAGUCCAGCGGCACCGACUCGACACAGUCUGCCACCGUCACAUUCGAGAAGGAAACCGCAGCCAAGACCGCCCUCCUCCUGGAUAACACCCAGCUCGGUCCCGCUCAGGUUCACGUCUCCGCUGCUCAGUCCCUCGACCAGAUCGCCGGCGAGAAGGCCACCGGUGCCUCCGAAGAUGAGCAUGACCUCGCCCAAGAAGACAAGCCACGUGCCCGUGUCGCAGCAGAGAUGCUCGCACAAGGCUACACACUCAGCGACCAGGUCAUCCAGCGUGCCAUUGCCCUCGACCAGCAACACGGCAUCAGCAACCGCUUCACCUCGACUCUGCAGCAGUGGGACCAGAAGUUGAAGGUCACUGAGCGUGCUCAGCAAGCCGACAAGAGCUACGGCAUCUCGCAGCGUGCCGAUGCCGGCUGGAGAGGUUUGAACUCAUACUUCGAGAAGGCUCUCGAGACCCCGACCGGCCAGAAGCUCCGCGCGUUCUACGACCAGGGUCAGAAGCAGGUCCUCGAUGUCCACAACGAGGCCAAGCACCUCCAGUCUCUCAAGGCUGGCAAAGACGGCAAGCCAGAGAAGGUUGACGGCUCAUCCGACCGCACUCAAUGCAAGUGCCAGGCCGACGCUGGUGUCUGCCAGUGUGCUCCAGGCAAGUGCGCGUGCACAAGCUGCAGCAAGAACCCAGACACCACUGUGCCUGUCGAUGCCGAGAAGGCGGAGCUCGAGAAGGUCGACGAUCAGGGCCACACCAAGUGCAACUGCGCCGGCAACGACAGCAAGUGCGCUUGCAAGCCAGGCCAGUGCAAGUGCGCCAGCUGCCCAAAGGCAUCGUAG